AUGUUAGGUGGCAGCAGAAGUGGCGAUAAGAAGAAGGAGAUGGAACGUGGUGCCGGUCAUGGCGAGAUGCAAGAGGAGAGAUUCUAUAGUGGUGAGAGAAUGAAGGGGAAGGCAGGAGUUGGAAGUGGAAGUUGGGGCGAGAAAAAGAAGGAGAAGGAGGGAUGUGGCAAUAGUGAGAUGGAAGUAGAGAGAUUCAGAAGCGGUAAGAGAAUGGAGAAGAAGGUGGGAGAUGGAGAUGGAUGGGGUGAGAAGAAGAAGGAGAUGGAGGGGGAUGACAACUGGGAGAAGAAAGUUGAGAGGUUCACCAGCAACGAAAGAAUGAAGGAGAAGAUAGUAGGUGGAGGUACAAGUGGCGAGAGGGAGAAGGAGAUGGAGGGUUGUGGCAAUAGUGAGAGGGAAGCUGAGAGAUUCAUCGGUCUGAAGAGAAUGAAAGAGGUGAGAGGUGGAUGGGGUGAGAAGAAGAACGAAAUGGAGGAAGAUGACAACGGCGAGAUGAAAGCUGGGAGGUUCACCAGUAGCGAAAGAAUGAAGGAAAAGAUGUUAGGUGGCAGCAGAAGCAGCGAUAAGAAGAAGGAGAUGGAAGGUGGUGGCAGUUAUGGCAAGAUGCAAGAGGAGAGAUUCUACAGUGGUGAAAGAAUGGAGGAGAAUGCAGGAGUUGGAAGUAGAAGUUGGGGCGAGAAGAAGAAGGUGCAGGAGGGAUGUGGCAAUAGUGAGAUGGAAGUAGAGAGAUUCAGCAGUCUGAAGAAAAUGAAGGAGGCGAGAGGUGGAGGUGGUGUGGAUAGAGAGAGGAAGGAAAGAGGAGGCUUCAACGAUGAGAUGAGUAAGAGUAAGGAGGUGUUGAGCGGUGGCUAUGGGGAGAAGAAAGAGAAGAGAGGCAGCAGCUCAAAGAAGAAGGUGUGGGAGGACGUUAGCAGCAGUGAGGAAAAGGAGGACGUAGGUGGCUACGAGAAGAGGAAGGAGGGCUAUGGUAGUGGAGAGAAGAGAGAAGAGAAAAGGAAGGAGAAAGUGGGCAGUGAGCUUAGAGAAAGGAGAAGGCAUAAAUAUGAGUGGGAGAAAGAAGGGGAGGAGAAGAAGGAGAAGAUGGGUUUUGACCGUUGGGAGGAGAUGGAGGGAGGCAAUGGUGGAAAGAAUAAAAAAGAUAAGAGAUAA